AACCCCUCCACCGAUCGCCAGACUUUGGAGACCGCGCUGCAAACGUACGAGCGCGUCCGGCUGCCCAUCGCGAACCACGUCUUGCAGGGGUCCAGAGAAUCCGGAGACAUGUACGAGUUCAACGGGCCCCUCCGAGACGACCUGGCUACGCUCGGACCGCAAAUCGGCUGGCAGUGGGACUGGCAGUGGGAGUCGACGGCGCAAGGCGAGCGGGACAGGGCGAUCGGAAUGCUCCGGUCAACGAAAGCGAAGUUGUAG